AUGAUUAUUAUCCCUCAGUCCUCGCGAUUGGCGAUUGCAAGUCUUUGCUUGUUUGCUGUCUUUGCAGACCAAGAGUUUCCGCCGGGUCGCCCACCAUCAAUCGGGGGUGAAUUUGAGGUUGAAUUGUGUGACAUGCCAUGCCAAAAUAAUGGCAAAUGCGUUGCGUUUGACUCGGACAAUGACGGAUUCUUGGAUCCCCAGUGCCUCUGCAACACAACUUUUCAAGGAGAUUUAUGCGAGACUCCACGAUCUUGUUCCCUUGCGUGCGAGAAUGGCGGGACGUGCAGCUCGGGAGAUGCGUGGUGGCUUAUGCUAGCAGAUGAUCGUUCUUUGCCUCUCCUACAAGAAAUACUCUACCGAUGCUCCAUUGAAGGCGGCAAAUGCGAGAUUCCGUUUUCUGACCAGAGUGGACGCUGCGUUUGUCCUUUUGGAACAAACGGGCCUCUUUGUGAGAAUACAUGUAACUUGUCCUGCCAAAAUGGUGGGGAAUGUAUCUUCUCGGGAUCGGAACAACGUUGCCGUUGUGCUGACAAUUUCUAUGGUGACCAAUGUGAGAAUGUAUGCAGCAAGGGCUGUUUGAACGAUGGAGUUUGCCUUGCCUACCCUUCCAGCGAUGUCGCUGGUGGGUUUGAAGAGCAAUGCAUUUGUCGUGCCGGAUUUGAAGGCGAGCAAUGCGAGACUGUAACAGCAUGCCCUAUGUCGUGCCAGAAUGAAGGUGCUUGCAAGUUUAGGGAAUCAUGGAUAUUUGAAGAAAAUCGAGAGGACGGAUUCAUUUUGCAGUACUGGCAAUCCAUGAUUGAACGGUGCACCGUCCGAAACCUUCCUAUUGCCGAUUGCCUUCGAGUCGAAGAACCCACGCCGUAUUGUGACUGCCCUCCCACCACAUUUGGAAACACAUGUGGAAUCACUUGCGAUCUUGAUUGCCAAAAUGGUUCUACUUGUCAGUUCAACGGGCGAGACAAGUUUUGUCCCUGUGAAAUCGGCUUUGCCGGUGACUUGUGCCAGUUCGAAUGUACUAAGGGCUGUGUCAAUGGUGCGUGCAAUGCCGAUGCCACCGGUCAAUGGUGCCAGUGCUCACCCUUCUUUGACGGGGAUCUUUGUGAGACUGAACGAGCUUGUGACAAGACUUGUUUUAACGAUGGAAAAUGCGAAUUCCUCGAGGGAUUCCGAGAAUACAAUGAAAAGUACUUUGAGGAGUGCGUCCGUCAAAACUUUGGUGGUUGCCCCGGACCCGAGGAUGUCCAACGAUGCGCUUGUACCGAUGGCUUUGUUGGAAAUGAUUGCAGCCAGCCGUGUCCGUGUCAAAACGGGGGUACAUGUCGCGGCAACUACUACAACCGCAAGCUGGAAGAUGACGAAGGAGAGUAUAUCGACGAUCAGCUGUAUUAUGAAGAAAAUGAAGAAGAAGAGCAGGACGAUGCCAUUGGCUAUUUCUGUCAAUGUCCCUUUGGUCACUACGGUCAAAAUUGCCAGUUCAAGUUUGAUUCCGAGAGCUGUGAACUAACUUGCGAGAAUGGGGGAUAUUGUACACAAGAUUUUGCCUGGAACGAAGAUGGAUCCGUCCCGGACGAUGAUCAGUUUGGUAACAGCUACAACAACAACAACAACAACAAUCAAAACCAAAACUAUUACGACUACAACAACGCUCAAACCGGUCGACAGAGCAACAACAACAACAACUCUGGCGGCGCGACUACUGAUGUGCCGCCAACUGUUCAACCGCCGUUCGAAUACUGCACGUGCCCUGAAGGAUUCACUGGAACGUCCUGUGAGACCCAAAUCGACGCUUGUCACAACCAGUGCAAAAAUGGUGGUGUUUGCGUCACCGACAACAUCAGUACUCAAGAUCUUGGGAACCGAGCUCUGCAGGUUGCCACAUCUUCCCCGACUUCUGCCCCAGUAAGACGGACACAGGAUGCCCCGACUACUCCUCCAAUAUUUGCCCCGACUACUUCCCCAACAAGACCGACACUAUUCCCUGGUUCUUGCUCUUGUCCAGAAGGCUAUUCCGGUGACUUGUGCGAACGCAAGACUUGCGGAUCUGGCUACUGUAGCCACGGUGGAUCUUGUAUCGAGCUACCCUCAGGUCAAACAACUCUCGCUGGAGACGACUAUGUUUGCGAUUGCUCCACAUCGACCUUGGAGGAAACUGUCGGUAUUGGACGCAAUUGCGACGCUAUUGUGUACUCCACUUGUUCUUUUUUCAGCAGCAAGAUGAAUCCAAAUGAAGCAUGGUCGUGCGCAGGCUACGGAAAAUGCUUCAAGGAAGGUCAAGAUUCAAUUCCUCAGUGCUCCUGCGACACGACUUUCACCGGGCCUAGAUGUGAAUUCGACAUCAACGAUCCCAAGGACGUGGCAUGGAGUGAAUGCAGUUUGGAGUGUUCUAACGGCGGUGUCUGUCUGAAGGGAGCCACCAAACCAAUUGCCGAUAUCUUUAUUCCAUUCACUGAAGGAACCAAGAAGUCUGGCCUCUUUGACUAUCAGACACCUGACUUUGAAUAUUGCUACUGUCCCGAUGGGUUCUUUGGUGUGCAGUGCGAUAAGCAAUAUGAUAUUUGUGGCAAUCGUGAGCACAUUUGCUUCCAUGGAUCGAAAUGUAAGAAUGAUAGUGGCGCAUGGGGUUGCGAUUGCAGAGGGACAGAAAGUGCGGGGUUAUAUUGUCAGUAUAAAGCAACUGACGAUUGCGGCGAUAGUAAUUUGGACACCUUCUGUACGAAUGAAGCUGCCUGUACCCUCGACUCCAGCUCCGAUGCAUUGUGUACAUGUGUGGAAGGAUGGGAAGGUACCAAGUGCGAAAUCGAGGUCAAAUUGGCAGCUCCUUCAGGUGGUGAAGGUGGUUGGUCGAGUGCCCCCACUUUGGCUGGAACUUUGCUUUCUGUCUUGUCCGUUGCACUGUUGAGCGUUGCCCUGGUUACUAUCGCUUAG